AUGGGCAAGCAGUUCACUCUAGCCGAGGUGGCUCAACACAAUACGAAGGACGAUUUAUACAUUGUCUUGCGCGGUAAAGUCUAUGACCUUACACCAUUUGUUGACGAUCAUCCUGGGAGCGCAAAUAUUUUGAUUGAUGCGGCAGGAGAAGAUUGCACAGAAGCCUACGACGAUGCUGGACACUCUGAUGAAGCACAUGAGAUUCUCCCAGAACUCGAAAUCGGCACAGUCAGCGUUUUGAAUCCGCUGACAGAGCCAUCUCCGGUACCGCAAGUCACCACGAAUGGUGUCGAGAAAGUCAAUGACAUUGCCAAAGGGGUCUUAAAGCCUGAUGUGUUUCAAGAGUUCAAGCUGCAUCAGAAGACGGAAAUUUCACACAAUGUCGCUAUUUACCGGUUCAAGCUACCUACUGAGGGGUCUAUCUUGGGUCUGCCGAUUGGACAGCACAUUUCUAUCGGGGCGAUUCUCAUCCAGCCGGAUGGCACAGAGAAAGAAAUCAUCCGAUCCUACACUCCUAUCUCUGGAGAUCAUCAGCCUGGAUAUUUUGAUUUGUUGAUCAAGGUCUAUCCUCAAGGUAACAUCACCCAGCAUUUGGCGGGGUUAACGCUGGGGAAUAAUAUUCGAGUUCGAGGACCUAAAGGCUCCUUUACUUAUACAAAAAACAUGGUCCGCCACUUUGGUAUGAUAGCCGGCGGCACAGGACUCACACCCAUGCUACAGAUUAUCCGUGCCAUCAUACGUGGCCGAUCAGAGGGUGAUAAGACGGAGGUAGAUCUGAUCUUUGCCAACGUCAACGAGCAUGACAUCUUGCUACGGGAGGACCUAGAGCAGAUUUCCAAAAAUGAUAAUGGAAUCCGUAUCCACCAUGUUUUAAAUAACCCUCCGGAAAAUUGGUCGGGUGGCGUGGGCUUCGUCAACUCGGACAUGAUCAACAGAUGGCUACCUAAACCAGCACCUGAUGUUAAGAUUCUCCUUUGCGGGCCACCGCCAAUGAUAAGUGCCAUGAAAAAGACCACCGAGUCCUUGGGCUUUAGCAAGGCCCGCCCGGCUAGCAAGUUGGAUGAUCAAGUUUUCACCUUCUAA